CCUCUUGACCAUGCUUCGAACUCCACCCUGCAACGCCGCAAUCUCAAAUGCACAGCAUAUAACCCUGUAUCAGCACAAGACAUUUACGAGAAUUCGAGACGAAAACUAUUAACCAUUGCCAUUAACACCAGAUAAUCUCCAUGGGACCGUCGCCGCCGCCCUUCUCCUCCUCGGAGUACUGGGAUACACGCUUUCAUUCAAACCCAAGUGCUUUCGACUGGCUCCAACCAGCAUCCAUUCUCGAUCCGCACAUCACGGCUGCUUUGCGAGACACUUCCGAAGCAACAACCCCGAAUAUUCUACACAUUGGCUGUGGGACAUCACUGCUCUCGUACCACCUCCGCGCACACGUAGAUGAGCCAUCCCAAAUUCACAACGUAGAUUUCUCGAAAGAAGCCAUCGACCUAGGCAAGCGGCGGGAAGCGGAGAUAUUUCAAGAGCCAAACGGGGAGGGAGAGGGCAACCACGAGGGUCAAAAAAGUGCCGAAAACGUAGACAGCUCGGGAAGCACGAGUGUACCCGACGAAGUUCAGAAUGGCAUCAGUAGUUCAAACGGCAUCAAUGAGCAAAAUGGUACCAUCGGGCAAAAUGAUACCAAUGGACAAAAUGAUACCAAAACACGCAAAGGGAGCAAAGGGUACAACAGUACCAAAAGCCCAAAUGAUACCAAACCCACCCCAAGUAACCCCAGCCUCGCCCGUCCCACUCCCUCUCCCACCCACAUGCGCUGGACCACAGUCGACCUCCUCUCCCUCCCCUCCCUCCUCUCCGCCUGCUCCCCGGGUUCCUACACCCUCAUCGUCGAGAAGUCCUGCUCCGACGCCAUAGCGUGCGCUGAAGACAUCCCCGUAUCGCCACCGUACCCGCUGAGUAUCCGGCCCGCUUCCGUCCCUUCGCUUUCCGCGUCAUCCUCGUCUCCCCCCGCACAACUCCCUCCUCCCCCUCCUUCUCCUCCUUCUGCUCCUUCGUCUCCUUGUUACUACAUCCACCCCCUAACCCUCCUCGCCGUCCACCUCGCCGCGCUAGCCACGCCCCACGCACGCUGGAUCUGCUUGUCGUACUCCAGCGCGCGUUUCCCGUUCCUACCUGCAUCCACAGACGCGGAAUCAGCCGUGCCGCGGGAACUGCUCGAGCAAGGCUUCCCAGACCCAGCGGCGCUGUGGCGGCUCGAGCGGCGAGAGGCGGUAGAGACGGCGGGAGAGGGAGAGGCUGGGAAGGAGGUGCAUAGGCCGAGGGUCGUGCAUUGGGUGUAUGUGCUUGAGAGGAGUGAGGUGGAAGUCGUGAGACGGUAGGAUGGGAUUUG